AUGGCCGUUGCCGCCGCCGUCGCCGUCCUUCUCUGUUCCGUCCUCGACUCUACCGAGGCAGUCAAAAUUGCCUUUUCAAACUAUCCGGUGACAUUGGCUCUCAAGUACGGACCGUACGACAUCAGUGGCUGCGACUCCACCUACAACGGCGAGAAUCCGAACGUCCUGUUUUCUUCCCUGCGCAUAAACCGUCAGGUACAGGUCGCUCUCUUGCAUCUGGACGACUAUGCAGGUGGCCGGGAAGCGCUUUGCAACCAGUGCCUGAUGGUGACGGACCUCGAAGGCACCAAAUCGAUCAUGGUGCGACUGAUGGGAGACUGUCCAGGCUGCGUGGCGAACGAGUUACGGUUGUCGCCGGCGGCGUAUGAGUAUUUGGGGGAUGGGUAUGGACAAAUGGAUGGGUUCUUUUCUUUUACGGAUUGCCCUGACCCAGGCUCGAAGGAGGCCAUCGAUAAGUUUGGACCAUUGAAGGGAAGGCCACCCGGCCCGGUGCCCAAGAUUGGGUUGUAA